UUGUUGUACCUAUUUUUUACUUAUUUAUUUUAAUUUAAUAAAAUGCUGAAGAAAAAAUGUUGCUCUAUAUGUUUGUGCAUAAAUAAAAGAACUAUUAACAUUUACAAUACAGAACUACAGUAUAUUUAUGAGACUCUCGCCAAUUUUAAGAUUACAGAUGUUGAGUGCUGGGUGUGUUACAUCUGCCACACAAGACUGCGACAAUGUCUCCAGCUGCAGCAGUUCGCCGUGCAGACACGAGGUCUCAUUGAUGACAUAUUCCAGAAUAAGAUCGACAUUAAGUUUGGAGUGUUUGGAUCAGUUCUGGAAUUGUCAAUCGCCAAGACAAAGAUUACCUGCACUGGGCCAUACUCGUCAGAUAUCAAGCAUGAAUCAGAUGAGGAGGUAGAAUAUUAUAAUGAUGGUUUUCUACAAGACGACGUAGACUGCAAAGAGGAAGAAAAACCACUAAUAGAACCUCCUUUAGACACACAGGAGUUAUUAGUUGAAUUACAAAAGCCCAAAGGCAGACUUAAAGCGGUGAAAAAUUUCCGUCUUUCCACAAUACAACCAGUCACGGAAAUAUAUCUCGAGGACCAGAGAGAAAUACUGUGGGGGGAACAGAGUAUGAAACAAGAGACGUUGGAUACGGAAGAUAAAGGUAUCGACCAAGACGAGUCAGACUCUGACUGCGAGAGACCAGACAACGCCAGCGAAGUACAGCCAGAUAUUCCCAAGAAACCUCUUAGCUGUGAUGUGUGUUUGAAGUGCUUCUCAAACAAACGAGACCUACUCAAGCAUGUACGGACUCAUAUAAGCGACCUACCAAUUAGCUGCGGGGUGUGCUCCAAAAAAUUCUCAAAAAUGACGUACUUAAAACGACACACUAUGAUCCAUGCGACCAACCGACCCUUUAGUUGUGAUAUGUGCUCAGCAAAAUUCUGUAAAAAGUCUUACCUGAAACUUCACAUUUGGAAGCAUACGGGGUACAAGCCGUUCAGUUGUGAUAUUUGCUCGAAGAAAUUCACUCUGGAACGUCUCCUGAAGAUCCAUAAGUUGAAUCACACAGAUUACAGACCGUAUAGCUGUGAAGUGUGUUCGAAGAAAUUUAAGCAGAAAUGUGAGUUGAACAGGCAUACAAAACUCCAUACGGGUGAUCAACCGUACAUGUGUGAUGUAUGCUCAAAGAAAUUCCUUACCAAGAGCCAUCUAAACACACACAUAAGAAUACACGCUGAAAAAGAAUUCGCCUGCGAUAUAUGCUCGAAACGAUUCACGCAGAAGGAAACUUUAAAGACACAUAAACUCAUACACACUGGGGAGAAGAAUUUCAUCUGCCACAUAUGCGCAAAGAAAUUUCUUAGGAAGAGUCAUUUAGAUACUCAUUUGCUGACUCACACGGACAUAAAACCUUUCGCCUGUGACAUAUGCUCUAAGAGAUUCAAGCAGAAACACACUUUAAAUUCCCAUAAAUUACUCCACACAAACGACUGUCCUUACACUUGUGAAGUCUGUGCUAAAAAAUUCAUGCACUUGAGUCGUCUGAUUGCUCACAAACUGGUGCACACCAACGAAAGCCAAUACGUCUGUGAUGUGUGCUCAAAGAAAUUCACUCAUAAAAGGAGACUCAUCGCUCACAAACUGAUUCAUGCAAGCGAGAAUCCGUUCACAUGUGAUAUUUGUUUGAAGAAAUUCACACAUAAGACUAGGUUGAACACCCAUAAGUUGAUUCAUACAAAUGAGAACCUCUACACUUGUGACAUUUGCUUAAAGAAAUUUUCACAGAAGGGGCACCUAAUAAUGCAUACCAGGGUUCAUACUGGUGACAAACCGAUGAGAAAGUCACGCAAGCAAAUGUUAACUUGAGUCAAUAUUAUAGUAUAGUUU